AUGACCGUGCAACAGCCUCGCGGCAACGGCCCUUCGACGUCGGCCCUGCCUCUGGUCCAGCAGGUGUCCAAGGACCAUGACCUGGUGCUCAAGACGGUUCGCCUCCUGAUCGCGGAUCUGUGCCAGCAGUUCAAUGGUGGUCAUCCCGGCGGUGCGAUUGGCAUGGCCGCUAUCGGCGUUGCGCUGUGGAAGUAUGUGAUGCGCUAUGCACCCCAUACCCCAGACUUUUUCAACCGGGACCGCUUCAUUCUGUCCAAUGGCCAUACCUGCCUCUUCCAGUAUACCUUCCUUCAUCUCACGGGCUACAAGGCCAUGACAUUCGACCAGCUCAAGUCAUAUCACUCGGACCGCGUGGACGCACUGUGCCCUGGACACCCAGAGAUCGAACAUGAAGGGAUUGAGGUGACGACUGGACCGCUGGGACAGGGGGUUGCCAACGCCGUAGGGUUGGCGAUGGCGACCAAGAACCUGGCCGCCACCUACAAUCGGCCCGGAUACGACAUGGUGUCCAACCACACUUGGUGCAUGAUUGGAGAUGCUUGUUUGCAGGAAGGCGUAGGUCUUGAGGCCAUUUCGCUGGCAGGUCACCUGCGCCUCAACAACCUCACCGUGAUUUACGACAAUAACCAGAUCACUUGCGACGGGUCUGUCGAUCUCACCAACACGGAGGAUGUCAAUGCCAAAAUGCGCGCAUGCGGCUGGAAUGUGAUCGACGUGGAGGAUGGAUGCUUUGACAUCGAGGGGCUUGUCCGGGCUCUGGAGCAGGCCCUCGCUUCGACCGACAAGCCGACCUUCAUCAAUGUUAGAACAGUCAUCGGUCUGCACAGCAAUGUGGAGGGCACAGCUGCCGCGCACGGUGCUGCUUUCGGUCCCAAGUGUGUCGCCGAUAUGAAAAUUGCCUACGAUUUCAACCAGGAAGAGCACUUCGUGAUCGGCGAUACCGUGCGUCAGUUCUUUGAGAACCUCCCUGCUCGGGGCGAGCAAUGGGUGCAGACAUGGAACCAGCUGCUAAGCGAUUAUGUCACUCAGUAUCCUGACCUUGGGGCCGAGUUUCAGACCCGGGUUCGUGGAGAAUUGCCGGUAAACUGGCAGCAGCUCAUCCCAAGCAGCUUCCCGAAUAAACCAACAGCUUCACGCGCGUCGUCGGGCCUCAUUUUUAACCCGAUCGCAAAAGAAGUCAAGUCUUUUAUGGUCGGAACAGCUGAUUUGUCACCUUCUGUGAACAUGGUCUGGCCAGACAAAGUGGAUUUCCAGCAUCCCGACUUGCGCACGACUUGCAACCUCAACGGGAACUACUCUGGCAGAUAUAUCCAUUAUGGUGUUCGAGAACACGCGAUGUGCGCCAUCUCCAAUGGGUUGGCCGCCUACGCGCCCAACACCAUUAUCCCCGUUACUUCAUCGUUCUUUAUGUUUUACCUGUAUGCAGCUCCCGCAGUGCGUAUGGGAGCCCUCCAGCAUCUUCAGAUUAUUCACUGCGCUACCCACGACUCAAUCGGUAUGGGUGAGGACGGCCCAACUCACCAGCCUAUUGAACUGGCUGCCCUGUACCGGGCCAUGCCAAAUCUGUUAUAUAUCCGCCCUGGUGACAGCGAGGAAACGGCCGGUGCAUGGCUGGCUGCGAUCGGUGCAAAGAAGACCCCCAGCAUCAUCUCGACUUCGCGGCAUGCGUUACCUCAGCUUUCACAAACCCGUCGGGAUGGUGUGGCACACGGUGCUUACGUCCUGACAGAAGAAGACUCGGCAGCAGUGACCUUGAUCGGCGUUGGGGCCGAGCUCUCCUUUGCAGUCGACGUGGCCCGACAAUUGAAGGAGCAGAAUGGUAUUACUGCCCGCGUGAUUAGCUUCCCAUGUCAGCGUCUUUUCGAGCAACAGUCGCUCGAGUACAAGCGUGACACCUUGAGACGCCAUCGCGGUAUCCCUGCAGUGGUGAUUGAGCCUUAUGCACCUAACGGGUGGGAGCGAUAUGCUGAUGCAGGGAUCUGUGUCAAGCGGUUCGGCCACAGUCUGCCGGGCAAGGCGGCCUACAAGUUCUUCGGAUACGAAGUUGACGUGUUGACGACCAAGGUAGAGGGCUACCUGGAGAGGUUGCAAGGGGACGAGUUGCUGCGCGGGGAGUUUGUCGAGCUCUAG